CUUUGAUUCUGCUUCCUGCUCCCUCAUUGGGAGCGUCCGCGCUUGCGCCAUGUGGCCAAUCUGCUGCAGCUGUGAGGAACCUUCCGGUGCGCAGGAGCUGGUGGCGGUAAAGUCAACGAUUCCUGCGGACGUCGUUUCGAUAAGUGCACCGCUUGGUGAAAACGAGGAGGCUAGCUAUGGCCUGCUGAAGCAUCUCGAGGGUAGCUGGAACCGCUACGAAGACUCCGAGUUCAUGGCCACCAUUCUUGGUGAGCGCGUCGAUUGGGCAAAGAGGUGGAACACGCCGACCUCUUACCUCAGGGUCUUUGGCAUCAACAAGAUCUCCGUAACCGUGGAUGGGACUAUGUUGGUUGCUGAGCUGCACAUGCUGGACUCUGAUCGGCCGAUGCUUUUCUGGGAUGACUCUGACGUGUGGGUCAAGCAGGACGCGGAAAUGGAGUCCACGCAAAGUGGCACUCAUUGACUUUGCCAUCGAGUGCCCGGGGAAAGGCCCAUGGUGACGGGUCCUUUCUUGGGAGUCCUCAUUUCAGCUUGGUGAAUCAGUAUGCGUCACCUAGACUCAAGCGUGUGCAAACUAUCUUCAAGCGUGUGCAAACUAUCUUCAAGCGUGUGCAAA